AUGACAGACUCAGACUCUGGCGACAAUAAUAAACCAUCCAGCCAGCCUUUCAAUGAAACUCCAUCUUCAACACGGCCUUCCUCUCGGGAGUCGUUGAAAUGCGACACGACCGCUUGCCACGAACCUGCACCACCGGAUAAUGUCGCCCGUCGCCCGUCACAAUUGAAUCCGUAUAUGGCCCCAAGCCAUGGACCAUCUCUAUCGGCUCACCCACCAUCCGCGUUGAACAUGGAGAGUAUGGGGGCUGCAUUGCCUGGUUACCAGUCGAAUGUUAUUCCAUUCGAUCAGUACCAACAUAUGCAGCCUCAAUUCGCUGUGCAGUACCCCGGGGUACAUUAUCAGAUGCACCCCGCCCCGUCUUUUCGAGGUGGCGAACGGACAACGGAUGGAAGACCCCCGGCGUAUUCGAUGACUUACCCCGUGGUCUAUCCGCACUAUUAUCCACAACCGCACCAACAACCGUCCUAUCCCAGCUUUCCCACAUACAUGCACUCUCCUCCACCACACCCUUGCGUCAAUGGACCCAUGUUCAGCCAGACACCUGGGUACGGUUCGAGCUAUUACCCGUCACCGUACCCGAUGGUGUUAGGGCACGGUCCAGGACCACCUCCGCGGCCGCAGAUGCCUCCGCGACCUGGCUCCCAGCAUUCAAACCCCCGCAGGCCGGUAUCGUCCGGGCCAGGACCUACCUUGCACAUUGAACGCCCUCGAAGGCCCAUUCCCAAGCGUGCUGCUGUCUCUGAUUAUCCAAAGACCAUUGUUGAUGGAUCGAAUUCGGCCAAAUCCACAAGGUCAAAUUCUCGCGUGUGUGAAAUAAUCUCACCUUCGACAUCCACAGCCAUUCGGGCUGCCACGCCCGGAGGACCACGGAGGAUGCCAAAACAAUCGGGUCCCGCCUUAUGGGUUGGCAAUUUGCCUCACGGGAUCAGCAUUGUGGACGUCAAAGAGUAUUUCUCUCAGGGCGCCGCGGACCAAAUCGAGAGCGUUUUCCUCAUUUCAAGAAGCCACUGCGCAUUCCUCAACUAUAAAACAGAGGCUGCCUGUUCUGCGGCACAGGAGAAAUUCCACGACUCUCGAUUUCAAGGUUGCCGCUUGGUUUGCCGACUACGACCCAAUGCACGUCCAGGAGAGUACAGGCAAAAUUCGGGCGAUAUUGCAAGCAUCGCCGCUGCGAAGAACGAGGAAAACGACAAGGCGGCUAUUGCGAGUAUGGAUUUUCCGAUACCGUCCCCCGAUGAGAAGGUGCCCAAUCGGUAUUUCAUUGUUAAGAGUAUGACGGUGGAGGAUUUGGAGAACAGCCGGCAGAGCGGUAUUUGGGCGACACAGGCCCAUAACGAGGUCAAUUUGAAUCUAGCGUAUGAGACUGCGGAUAAUGUAUACCUCAUUUUCUCAGCGAACAAGUCCGGGGAAUACUAUGGAUACGCGCGGAUGGUGUCGCCAAUCCAAGAGGAUGAAAAGCUGGCCCUGGAAAUGCCUCAGCGGCCCAAUCAUAUCGCUACGGAAGCGGAAGAGCCCAGCGUGACUCUGACGCAAGCCUCGUCCACCGCCCGCAGUGGUCGGAUAAUCGAUGACCCUGUUCGGGGCACCAUCUUCUGGGAGGCGGACACUUCAUCUGAAGAUGAUGGAGAAAAAGAAGGAGACGGAGAAAAAGAGGACGCUGACGCAGCUUUGGCAGGGGUAACAGGAGCAGCUCUCAAUGAACUUGCAGAGGUGGAUGCGGAUACAGAUGCCAAAGGCAACAAGAAUGUCGACGGGCCCGCGGCUGUUGCGGAAGAUGCAGCAAUGGCAGAAACUACUACAACUGCCGCUACUACUACAGCAGCAACAACAGCAGGAAGCCAGACCAUUGGACGACCAUUCCGGAUCCAAUGGCUGUCCACUGUGAAAGUACCAUUCUAUCGCACGCGGGGACUACGCAAUCCGUGGAAUGCCAACCGGGGGGUAAAAAUCGCCCGGGAUGGCACAGAGAUUGAGCCCAGGGUCGGGGCACAGCUGGUGGAACUUUUUCACCUUCCGUCGUCGGGAGCGACUACGUCUUCGUACCGGCUUCCGAAUUGA